UCUUGACAAUAUGAAUACACCAGAAAAGACACAGAUCGGAAGUGCACCGCAUAAUUUUCAGGAGUCUCCAGUGUUUAAUUAUAUCAACAGUCUUUCGCCUAUUCAACCAGUUAAGUCUACGCACAUUUCCCAGACAAUCACUGCGCUUAGUUUUGCGUCUAUACAAUCUGCCUGCACAUCCUCCUAUGUCAUUUCCAGAAAGCAGCCAAAACCCUUGCAAAGGCGUUGCUUUUAUGAAAUGUCAAAGUGCGAGUCUUCUAUUGUUCGAAAUGAAGGAAACAGAAGUUUUGAGGUUCUAGAUGCCAUUGAGGUAUCGCAAGAAUGCCCUGCUCAAGAGACUAUUUUUGAUACAUCUUUUGAGAACUCGGAGUUUGUGAUUGAGUUGGCUGGCACCUUAAAGUAUGAUUGUGGUUCCCCUAUCAGUGACUUCACUUUCCAUGACAGCCAGAUGGAUCCUAUGUCGGAAAUGAAAAGCCCUUCAGCAUCACUUGUUCAAAGCGUUAAUAUUUCCUUGGAGUCGUUUGGAACUGAAGUUGAUGAUUUGGCUGGUUCAUGUCAGCUGGAUGAAAUGGAGGAAGAAACAGGAUGUUGUUGGGAAAAUUUAAUCUGUGAUGAGUCUAAUCUGCUACUCUUUGAUUCAUUCAAAGAUAUAGAGGCUCAUAAUGGGGAGGACCAGAAUGUGGUGGAUUACCGUGAGACUUGUUCUUUAACUUCUCUGUCAUCUGAAUUACUAACCGAUGAUGAUUCGCCUACUCCAGAACCUAUUGAUUUGAAGGAAACUGAUGGCUUUAUUAGUAAUUCUCAAGGUGAUCAAAAUGCAAGUGAGAAAAUGGACGACAGACUGAGAAAUAGUAGUUUGCUAGCUUGUGAGGCCGACUCUCAUCAGCAACACAGCAUGCGAAGGCGAUGCCUACUUUUUGAGAUGGCAGAAUCUGAUAAAGAGAACUUCGAUAAUCGUGCAGCUGUAUCACAGACUAAUGGAAAAUCUAAUACUAAUGAUAUGAAGUCGGUUAAGCCCAAGUUUGGAAAUGGUUCCACACCGUGUAUGCUACCUGGUAUUGGUCUGCACUUGAAUGCUCUUGGAGCUUCUGCAAAGGAUUGCAAAAUUGUCAAGCGUGAACCUCUUGCUUCUAGAAGUCAAUCAGCCACCAUGCUGGGUUCUAUCACUUCGUAUCUGGAUCAUUCUCGCGAGGAAGUACUUCUUCGCGAAGACUUGGAUAAGAAAAUUACCAAAUCUGAGAUGUGUGAUGCCAAAAAUGGGGUCCAGGAUGCUCCUGCUGCGUUUAGAAUUAGCGAAGAAUUUAACCAGGGGAACCUGAAGAAGAAGAAAAGUAGAGUGGAACAAGAUGGAGAUAGUGAAGGUUGCAAGAAUUGUAACUGUAAGAAGUCAAAAUGCUUAAAACUUUACUGUGAAUGUUUUGCUGCUGGAAUCUACUGCACAGAGUCCUGCUCAUGUUUAGAAUGCUAUAACAUACCUGCGCACGAAGAUACUGUUCUGGCAACUCGAAAGCAGAUCCUAUCUCGUAAUCCACUUGCAUUUGCUCCAAAAGUGAUCAGAAACUCCAAAUCUGUUGCCGAAAUUUGGGAAGAACCUAGCGAAAUAUCGGCUCGGCAUAAAAAAGGAUGCAACUGCAAGAAAUCAGGUUGCAUCAAGAGAUACUGUGAAUGCUAUCAGGGUGGGGUUGGUUGCACGAUCGGCUGUAAGUGUCAAGGGUGUCAAAAUACAUUUGGCAGAAAAGAUACCGAAGCAGAAGAAAAAACUGAAACCUGUAUAAAGGAAAAGGUUGAUGAAAGUUUAUCUAAAAACAAAGAACUGAAGGAUGAAGAGCAAGCUUCAGUUCAUCUUCCGUGCCUGCCUCCUCUUCCUUUCGCGAUUCACAGUGGGAUACCUUGUGUACCUUCCAAUGUUGCUCAAUCGCCUACUAGUCAAACACUUGAGUCAGAUUUUGUACCAGACAUUAUGUUGCAUUUCCAAGACGAAAGGCCCGAGGUUCUGAAAGGCAAUUGCUUACCCAUGGCUGGAGUGAAGACCGCCUCUCCAAACAGUAAGAGGGUCAGAGUUCCUCAGAAUGAGUUUGUGUUUCAAAAAAGCAGAAAAUUGGUACUGAAAUCUAUAUCUUCUCAGAGUAGGAAUAAUGCCCAGUGA